AAGGGUCCCUCCCUGGUUGAAGAGGACGAGGAAGCAAGAAGCAUGUCAACCGUUGAAGACGUGUGUUUCUGCAGAAGCAGCUGAAUGCGACGACACACAACCAUAAGCAUUACAAUUAGCACCGUGUUUGGCUCACACUCCAAAAAAAAAAACCAAAAUCGAUUUUCCCAGAUUCUGACUUCGGUCAACGAUGGGUUCAGGAACCAGAACCUACUCCCUGAACUCCGGCGACUACAAUCUUCUAGAAGAAGUCGGUUACGGCGCAAGCGCGACGGUGUACCGCGCCGUCUUCCUCCCUCGGGAUGAAGAAGUGGCGGUGAAGUGCGUCGAUCUGGACCGCUGCAACGCCAAUUUGGAGGAUAUACGGCGGGAGGCGCAGACGAUGAGCUUGAUUGACCACCGCAACGUGGUGCGAGCUCACUGCUCGUUUGUUGUUGACCGGAGGCUGUGGGUGGUGAUGCCGUUCAUGGCGCAGGGGUCGUGUUUGCAUCUGAUGAAGGUGGCGUAUCCUGAUGGAUUUGAAGAGGAAGCUAUUGGAUCGAUCUUGAAGGAGACGCUGAAGGCGUUGGAGUAUCUUCACCGCCAUGGCCACAUUCAUAGGGAUGUUAAGGCUGGGAAUAUUCUUCUUGGGUCUGAUGGGCAAGUCAAGCUUGCUGACUUUGGUGUUUCUGCUUCCAUGUUUGAUGCUGGUGAACGGCAGCGGAAUAGGAACACUUUUGUUGGAACUCCUUGCUGGAUGGCGCCGGAGGUACUGCAACCUGGAACGGGAUAUAAUUUCAAGGCUGAUGUUUGGUCUUUUGGAAUUACGGCACUGGAGUUGGCUCAUGGUCAUGCACCUUUCUCAAAAUAUCCUCCCAUGAAGGUUCUUCUCAUGACUAUCCAGAAUGCCCCUCCAGGACUCGAUUAUGAUCGUGAUAGAAAAUUCUCCAAGUCUUUUAAGGAGAUGGUUGCUAUGUGCCUGGUAAAAGAUCAAACAAAGAGGCCAUCCGUGGAGAAGUUACUCAAACACUCCUUCUUUAGACAAGUAAAGCCUCCAGAGCUUUCUGUGAAGAAAUUAUUUGCUGAUUUACCACCUCUUUGGCAUCGUGUAAAAGAUCUCGAGCACAAAGAUGCAGCCCAACUAGCACUAAAGAAAAUGGCAUCUGGAGAUCAAGAAGCAAUGUCUCUGAGUGAAUAUCAUCGAGGAGUUAGUGCUUGGAACUUCGAUGUUGAUGAUUUGAAAGCUCAAGCUUCAUUGGUGCAGGACGACGAUGAUGUUGCAGAGAUGAGGGAAGAAGAUGAAAACAAUUUCUUCAGCUACAAGGAUACAACUGAUUCCCAGUUUAGCGUGGGCGAAAAGAAUUCAGUUAACUCGCAACAAGAUGAGUUUACAUUACAAGUAGGUGGUAAUGACAUAACUCAGAGUGAUAAGAGAAAUGAGUCAAUUGUUGAAGCAACAUCAACUACUUUAGAGAAGGACAUGGAAACAAGCAAGGUUAAAACUCCAGUGAAAAUUGUUAAAACCCAAAGUGGGCCGCUGGUGCCUGGCACAGUGCUUAGUCAUUCUUUUUCAGAAAGAGGGCGAGCAUUUGAAAGGUUUGAGAAUGAAAAUCAGUUACCUGGUGAGAAAAGUAAUCGUGAUAUACGUCGAGCCCCUAGCUUUAGUGGUCCAUUGAUGCUUCCAAACCGAGCUUCAGCAAAUAGUUUAUCAGCUCCAAUAAAAUCUUCUGGAGGAUUCAGAGAUUCCUCAGACGACAAGUCUAAGGCUAAUCUAGUACAAAUUAGAGGACGGUUCUCAGUGACAUCAGAAAAUUUAGAUUUGGUGAAGGAUAUUCCUGUAAGUUCAAUUUCACGCCGAUCUUCACAGGAAUCACCACUGAAGAAAUCAGCCAGUGUUGGUGAUUGGAAGUUGGAUUCCAAACAAAUGCCAAUUGGACAGACCUCCAUUGAUUCUGCCAAUGUCAAUGUUCCUGGAUCACUUGUGCCUCACCUUCAUAAUCUUUUGCAGCAGACAUCUAUUCAACAAGAUCUUAUAAUUAAUCUGUUGAGUAGCUUGCAAAGUGCUGAGGCAAUAGAUGCUUCUCAGAAUGGAAAGCUGCCACCUUUACCUCGCAGUCCUGAGAACAAUGGAAGUGUUGAUACAGCAGCAGCUUCUGAGAGGGAAACUCUUCUGCUCGUCAAAAUUUCAGAACUUCAGUCUCGGAUGAUCAAUUUGACGGAGGAAUUGACUUCUGAGAAGGUAAAACACAAGCAGUUGCAACAACAACUAGCUGCAAUCUACAGCCAGGAACAAAAUGGGACAAGAGAGGAAGUUGCAUGAGCACUAAUAAUAAUGAUCAUGCACAGGGAAGUGAAUGCACUUCCAGGCGAACGACAAAUGAUACCGUGAACUCCGUUCUUCUCUUUGCUGAACGAGAACUGCUUUUUGGAUGUUGAUGGUCUUUGAUAAAGAAUCAUAUAUCUUGUGUUCAACAAGUCGUUGUGGCGAUAUAGAGCCCAGCAAGCAAGUGCAAAUGAGCAAAAUGAUAACCUGUCUCAAGGUUAAUCUCAUUAUUUAUUUCAUUCAAGAUUCAGAUGUAAAUAAAUAAGCUUCUCUCUGUUGUAUCAUAAUGCAACCUCCAAGGAUUGCAGAUAAAUUAGGAAUUAUCGUGAUAACUGAUAAGAAAGUUACGGGGACAUAACCCCGGGGGAAAGUAACAUCCCUAUAUGAACUGUUUUUAUUAUUGUUACUGCAUCGGUUUUGACCUUGAA